UACAGCUUUAUUUCUAUACCAAGUUAUACUUAGAAAGCUGAUCACUAAACCGGGAAGCUUGGCUUUCAGAACUCUGCUGUAAUCCAGGGUGGAAAAAACUAUCACCCAGAUGGCAUUUGUAGGAGAUUACUGCCUGGUAAUCCUUCCUUGUCCUAGAAGAUUAAGUCUGGCCUGGUGGUAGUGGUGGUCAGCUGACCGGUGUAAAAAAAAAAAAAAUGUAGUUUCUUGUAACUGUGCCAGUGUCUGACGUUUGCUUGAACUGUUUGUACAUCUGGGAGAUACUGCAAAACCUGGCCCUCCUUUGUUUACCCAAGAAAGCUCCGCUCCCCUGUGCUGGUUGUUUCUUUGUUGACUGAAAUUAACAGCAGGUGGUGAAGAGCCCUAAGGUUGCUUGAGAUAAGUCAUUUAUUAAACAGGCCUGCUUGUCCUGAGGGUGUGAGGGCUUUGAGAAAGAAAUGCCACACCUGGGCCAGGAAGCCAGGCUCUUCAAGCCCUGGGGUUGAUUUCUUCAGCAAGGUUGCACAUGGCGAUGUGACCAGAGCCACACUCACCUGAAGCAUAUCAGACGGUCAUAAAACCAUGUGUUCUGCCUUUGUCUGGAACGGACUGUAGAGAGAUGGAUUUUUAUGAAGACUACCAGUCCCCGUUUGACUUUGACACAGGAGUGAACAAAAACUACCUCUACUUGUCUCCUAGUGGAAACUCGUCUCCAUCUGGAUCACCUACUCUGCAGAAGUCUGGUCUGCUGAGAACAGACCCAGUACCCGAGGAAGGAGAAGAUGUUGCAGCCACGAUCAGUGCCACAGAGACCCUAUCAGAGGAGGAGCAACAAGAACUAAGAAGAGAACUUGCAAAGGUAGAAGAAGAAAUCCAGACUCUGUCUCAAGUGUUAGCAGCAAAAGAGAAGCAUCUAGCAGAGAUCAAACGGAAACUUGGGAUCAAUUCACUACAGGAACUAAAACAGAACAUUGCCAAAGGCUGGCAGGAUGUGACAGCAACAUCUGCAUACAAAAAGACCUCUGAAACCUUAUCUCAAGCUGGACAGAAGGCAUCCGCUGCUUUCUCAUCUGUUGGAUCGGUCAUCACCAAAAAGCUGGAAGAUGUAAAAAUGCAAGCCUUUUCACAUUCCUUUAGUAUCCGCUCCAUUCAACAUUCAAUUAGCAUGCCUGCUAUGAGAAACUCCCCAACUUUCAAAUCAUUUGAAGAAAAAGUUGAAAACUUAAAGUCUAAGGUAGGGGGAACCAAGCCUGCUGGUGGGGAUUUCGGAGAAGUCUUGAAUUCAACUGCAAAUGCCAGUGCCACCUCGGAGCCUCUUCCGGAGCAGACGCAGGGGGGCCUGUGAGGUGCUUACCUGUGUGAUGCCGCCCACUGCCAGCCGCUGCAAGCAGCAUCCAAGCACAUCAUGUCAACACUCAUUGCUCUCAGUUCCCACCGGAUGUGCUUUUACUUAGCUUUACAUGUUCAUCUGACCAAAUAGUUUGUGGGUUGAACACCAUAAAAGUAUCUUCACCUCUGUUCCUGGGAAACACCCUUUCAUGUGCAUUUAAGGCCCCCAAUAUAGGAAACACUGUUGUAAAAACACAUGUAAUACCUGGGGAUCCUCAUUAGAAUGAUCCAAGAAUCGUCAGGUUUCUCAUAACUGCUUUCCUACUUUAUAAAACUGCUCUGGCUCUGGGAUGUCAGUUUGAUCUUUGUCUUCAAAAUGCUUUUCUUUGUUUUCUCUUUGAACCUCUGUAUAUUUGAUUGCUAACUAAAAUUUAAAGUUCUCUGAAUUCUGGUUAUUAAAUGUUUUGGCAUAAUUUUCUUUACCUCCAAGGGAAGAGUUACCAGCUACAAAAAAUAUUUUUGAGUAAACAUUCUGGUAUGAGGUAUCUUCUAUCGUGUGUGUCUGAAGACAGCAGACUAAAUAAAUCAGCUCUGCAUCCAAUUUGUUAUGGUUUGUAAGUGACAACAUGUACAGCAAUUCAAACUCCUAGGUGACUCCAGAGUGGAACCAUCUUAUCUGUGUCACCCUUUGUGACAGUAACCAUUUUAGUGUAUUUGUUAUUAUGCCAUUUAUAUCAACUUAUUUUUCACAAGAUUAAAUUUUUAGUUUCAGAGUAAAUUGCAAAAUAACAUUCUGAAGCAAGCAUACUGUAAUUCUUAGUAAGUUGAAAUAUGAACACUCUAAACAAAUGUUCCAUUCGAAAGCCUGGAAGAUUUUUAGCUGUAAUCAAUCACGUUAGGGGAAACAUUGCUGUCUUCAUUUAAUUCAUUCAGCACCGUUUAAAAAUAAGCACACAAAGUUGUAGGACUAAAAAACUUGAAAAGAUUUUAUAAUAAGGGGUUGGUGGUAACUCCUGAGGAUUUAAUGCAUUAAUGAAAAUCAACACAUUGUUUUUUACUUACUUGUUUUCAGUGUCUUAGAAAUUAUACAAUGAUACUGUAGACAUUGCCCCCUAUUUUGAAAAAAUGGCAGGGCUGAAUGAACCAAAGCCUCUCAAAGUAUCUGCAUGGAGGCCAAGGUACUCUAUUCUAAUAGCUACUUAUUCAUCACUAUUACCUUUUCAUUAUUCUGUGUAUGGUUAUGACCUAUAAUGUUGUAUUUGUUAUUUAUCAAGUUGUGAUUGUUUUAUUGUUUAUGCCAAAUGUUAAUUGCCAAGCUUGGAGUGACCUAAGGCAUUUUUUUAAAAGCAUGACUAGAUUUACUUCAGGAUAAAUUAUCUUAUGAAAACCAAAUUUGAAAAGCCACAAGUGUCGAUUGUCAUAAGUAACAUGCUACCAUUCUUGAUUGCUAGAGCUUUUGUUAUAGCACUUUAGAUGCAACUGAAAAUAUGCUCUAUUAAAUGUGAAAAGCCUAAUAAAUUCUGUAUAUCAGUAGUAUAGGUCUCAAUAUUUAUUGUGAGACCAAUGGUCUGGAAACAGCUUGUAUUAAAUAAUCAACUGGUGUCUAUGCAAAAAAAACAAAAACAUUAUUUUUACUAUCUGCUUUAAAUCACUGCUUAAUGGUGUUAGACUAACAUAUAAAUUCUUUCCUUAAAGAGGCUUUAAGACAAAUGUCCUAGUUGUUGAAGCAUUGUCCUGGAGGAGUGGAUCUGUAGAAAUUUGUCUUUUUAUAGAAAUACUCUGGUUACUCAGCAUAACUGUUAAGUUAUUUUUUUCCAACUAGUCUUUCAUUUAAACAAAAAAAUCACAACAUCAUCUUUUCAUCACAUUGUUUCUUGGGUAUCCUGCCCCAUUACUAUCUUUCAAUGAGACAAAAUGGAGUAAGAUGGAAAUUUCUUUAGCUGAGUGAAAUAUACUCAAAUCUUUUUACUUUUUUAGUGAGAAAUGAUAGCACAAGGGUUGGAAAAUGGGAUGGGUGUAUGUGGGUAUUGGUGAUCGUUGUGAAAAAAAACUGGGGAAUCACUUUUCAAGACAUCUACCUGUACUUACUUUUUAAAAUGAUAUAACAGAUUGCAAAGUACUCUGCAUUUUAGAAGAAGGAGUAAAAAGCGAGAGGAUAUUUAGAAAAACAAACAUUGGACUUAGAAAUAUUAUUCAAAAUAGAAGAUUCAAUAUUACAAAUUCACAGAUAUUUAACAAAUUUGGAUUAUCAUAGCGAUUACUAAGAAUACCAGAGAGGUCCUGGUCACUCUAUUGAAUUUUGUGUUUGACCCUGUAAGGAAACAGCAACUUGAGAGUGAAAUCUCACAUACUGAAGAAUUCAAGAAGUGUAAUAGAAGAAAAUAAUCCCAGAAAUUAACCCGUUUUUACAAAAGAAUGUCUUCAAUUUAUGGAGUUUGUGGAAAAUAAAGCAAGAAUUCUUAUGUUUAUGAGGCCAAAGGAAUCAGUAAAAGAGGAGAAUUCACUGGAUUAUCAUUUUAGUAACUCAAACUAUUGAAAUAGAGAAAAUACAUCUUUAAUUUGGAAUCACUGUCUCUGGAUCUGUUCAUUAAAUGCACACUGUAUUUUUUUUUUUUUUGUAUAGUAUUUGAAAACAAUAAAAAUUCUGUAAUUUG